GUCAUUUAUCUCAGCGCUGUGUGACUACAUCCAUGGGGACUCUGAAAAUGUUUGCUGGAGCUUUUGUUCUAGUGUUGGCUGUCAACUUCUUUCUGUGUUCUGCUGAACUUGCCGUACGCCAGACAAGUAGCCUGGCCCAGCUUCAAACCAAACUCAAUGAACUAAAAACAACGGUAGAAAACAAUCAAAACCAACUGAAUGCACUGCAAGCGACGUUACAACAGAUUGAAAAUAAACUACAGAAAAUACCUUUAGAAUUGGAAGACUGUAUAAAGGAUUCUAACAUAAGCAAUCCCAGCGGAGUUCACAAAAUCAAUUAUAUUCUACAUGGAUUGUGUGAUACACAAACUGACGGUGGAGGAUGGGUCAUCCUACAGAGACGUAUAUCGGGUAAUGUCGACUUCAACAAAACCUGGAGCGAAUAUAAGGAAGGAUUUGGAUCGACUGAUGGUGACUUUUGGAUCGGAAAUGAUUGGAUCUCGAAACUAACUAGGAUGGGCUAUACCCAACUAAGAUUCGACAUGAAGUUUAACGGAAGUAGUUACUACGCUGUGUACAACAAUUUUAAGGUACAGGAUGAAGCAGAAAAGUAUGAAAUGAGCGUCGGGAACUACACUGGGAAUGCUACAGACAGUUUCGGUUCCAACAUAAAGAAGUUAUUUACAACCAUUGACGUUGACAACGAUAGAUGGCCGGGUCAAAGCUGUUCUUACAGGCACGGAGGGGGCUGGUGGUUUUAUGCAUGUACGCAAGUUAAUCUCAAUGGUCCAUGGGGGAUUCGUAUUCGUACUAGAGGAGUUAUUUGGGAAGGCAUUACACGCACGAAUCGCUAUCUAACCUUUACUGAGAUGAAAGUUCGUAAAGUGUAAAAAAUAAUUGAAAAAGUUAUACUCAAACAAAUCAGUAAAAAUAUACAAAAAUACUAA